UAUUCAAGGAAGCUGCUUACGAGAAGGGAAGUAUUUCAAGUUUUCAAUACCCUAAACCUUACCCUGGAAACCUUCAAUGCACUUGGAUAAUCAAGUCUUUGUCUGGAUCUGUUAUAAAAUUCACCACAGAAAAUUUGGACUUCCCCACAUGUAAUGGCGCCACUUGCGAUUAUCUGGAGGUGUACGAUGGUGCUUCUAAAAAUCAUCCGAAACUUGCGAGAUUCAAAAGCGGUCAAGAAAUUGAUUUGGUUUCUAGUCAUGAUAGACUGUUGAUUGUUUUCAAAUCCCAAGUCCUAGGGAAAAGUUGA